AAGGGGGGGUCGGUGUGCAUCGUGUUUAUUACGUGAAAAUAAUACGAAAAACAAGAAAAACAGGAAUGUGAUUUUUAUUGCACCAAUUGCACAGAUAUAAAAGGUGCGGCUUCUUGCGAUCAAUCGUUAAAAGCAGAAGCUCCGCGAAUGAAAUGAAUGCGAGUGUCAUUUGCAAGGAUCUGGGCAUGGUGUGUCGUAUACGAAGAUUAUUGUUGUAAUAAAAUGUUGCUAACGACGGUACAUUUAACUGAAAGAAAUUUGCUGAUAAAUAGAUGAAAAUGGAAGAUGAAGCAGACCUCAGAGAACAAAUGUUUCACAACACCGUACGGGAGAACAUCAUAUUUCUUCUUCUCUUUCUGGUCCUGUACGUCUCGAGUUAUGCUUUAAUCGCAAAAUUUCGUCGGAGAGACCGUGAGGAUUAUUUUUCCGUGGACGAGGAUGAAGCGACCGUUUAUAGGAUCAGCCUUUGGCUAUGUACAGUUGCUUUGGCGGUUUCCGUUGGGUCAACUUUGCUACUUCCAGUCUCCAUCGCUAGCAACGAAGUUCUCAUUUUAUACCCGAACAGCUAUUACGUGAAAUGGCUUAACAGCUCGCUCAUUCAAGGUCUGUGGAAUCAUGUGUUCCUAUUCUCAAAUUUAUCACUAUUCGUAUUUCUGCCAUUUGCCUACUUGUUUACGGAGUCGGAAGGAUUUGUGGGAUAUAGGAAGGGUGUGAUGGCCAGAGUGUACGAAACCGUCACUGUUCUUUGUUUGCUGGGAACGCUUGUUUUAGGAAUGACAUAUGUUUUAUCAGCACUUAUAGAUCAUCAAAAGUCCAGUCUUCACACGUUGCUCAAUUUAUGGACUUACUAUUUACCUUUCCUUUAUUCCUGCGUUUCUUUUGUUGGUGUUGUUAUGUUAUUAUUGUGUACACCAAUGGGAUUUGUACGAUUAUUUGGUGUAGUCGGUUCUUUCCUUGUGAAACCACAGUUCCUGAAGAACUUGGAUGAAGAAUUCUUUGCGUACAGAUUAGAAGAGGAUUGUAUUCGAAGAAGACUGGAGCAUGCGAAAGCAACGGGAAAAUCGUAUGUUUCGCCGGUACCGAUGUCCAUACCGGCUUGCGAUUCAGUGCUCGAAGACGAUGAGCUUCUUAAUGUGAAUCCGAGUCUCAUGUGCCUGAGGAAUGGUGCGCUGCAACGUGGCUUGGCUCAACGAUUAGAAGAUGUUCAAAAACGAAGAAAAGUUUUGGAUCAGCAAAGGCGAACCUGGUGGGUUCGACGGACUUUGCUUUACCCUAUGGCCAUGCUAGCCUUACUGAUACUUUCCACUGCCACAGCCUUGUUAGCUGUUCAGAAUACGUUAGAAUUACUCAUCGGUAUAAAGGCGCUGCCGUUAAGUACCAGGCAAUUCACUUUAGGUAUUAGUUCAUUAUCAAAGCUUGGCCCUAUCGGAGCAACAGUGGAGGUGGCAGUAAUUUUCUAUUUGGCAGCAACAAGCGCAAUCGGCCUGUACACACUUCCGGGAGUUAGAAGAGUUCAACCACGAUUUCAUUCCACGCCUCUCACGCACCUUAUCGCAAAUUGUGCCCUCCUUCUUGUACUGAGCUCCGCAUUGCCGCUGUUAUCACGGAUAUUAGGUAUGACGAACUUUGACUUGCUUGGGGAUUUCGGGCGUAUCGAGUGGCUCGGUAACUUCAAACUGGUACUGUUCUAUAAUUUAAUAUUCGCCACAGCAGCGAUCACUUGUCUUGCGACAAAGUUCACGGCGACGGUCCGUAAAGAAAUUUACACGAGAUUGAGAAGCAGUUUGAUAGGAAUUUUUAAAAGUGAAGGUAAGAAGGGCCCGGUGGGGAUGUUUUCUACAAAAGAAGACUAGACUGACUUACAUUGUAAACAAAGGAAAUAUUUAGUGUUUAGCAUUAAAGGAGCGAGUAAAGACGGAUAAUUGUGUUUGAAUAAUAUUAAUAUUGAAAAUAUACAUACUACAUAUGAGACGUGCGAAGUUGUCGUUUGUACGUACGUGCGUGCAUGAUGUGAAAGGAGAGAAACGUUCUGUUUAAUACUGUAAUUAAUGAUAUACACAAGUUAAAUGUCGUACGUUUAUGUUGUCUAUGUUGUAUGUCUCUUCGCGUGUGCGUGUGUGCUAAUAGUUAUAUCAAUUAUUUAUUAUAUUGUCCUUAUUUUAAUAAU